UUUAAUGAAAUGUAUGCUGAUUUUAGCUUGUGUUCUCAGGGGAAGUAGACAGUUGACUGGCUAGUAACACGUUAUACUCCGACGGUUACAACAUUACAAAACAUAGGCUAAUUUGGCUUCGCAAAAAUGAACCCCAUUUACGACACGACGCAGUUGUGAAAUACCCUGUUUGACCACAAUUUCUCCGACGUAUUAAAGCGAAAUACCCACAAUAAUGGCGUGUCGUAUUUGCCAAGAUGCGGCUGCGUCUGCAGGCUAUGGGGAAGGGUAUCUAGGCAGCUAUCUGCGUGUGUUUGAUAUUUCAUGCGGAAAGAAUGCGUUUAUGAGCUUGUCACUUAGCUACAAAUAUAUAUGGUUGUGAUUAAUACUGCUAAGGUUAAUAGCCAGUAUAUCACAUAACUAGAGUAGUCAUGCAAAAUACGCCUUACAUUUUAGAUGCUGUCAAAAACCUUGCUAUAUUAGGAGACCGUACGUAAGUCAUCGAGUCGCGAUUAAUGAGGAAAUUCACUGUGUUUAUUACCCGGGAUGUGUCGCGUUUUAGCUCGUGAGAUUCUCCGCGUGCCCUUUCACUCCAUUUAACACAGUGCAUCUGGAAGGGCAUACGUCGCGUCGCACGCAGGGUCGCACUAUUUCCAGCGUCCCGAGUGCACGUGACGCUUGCUUUUCCCUCAGUCAACCUAGGUAACAACCCAUAAAUUCACGUUUGUUGCUCAGCUUACUCCAAAUAUCUUUGGAUUUAAUUGAACUUAAUUUGCUUUCAUAAAAAAACCAAUUUCUGCUGCCAAAGGAUAUGUUCAUGCUCCCUCCGGUGAGUGAUGAACUAUAGUAUGCACAUUUUCCCCAAAGGAGAACGAUCAAGAGAGGCUGCAAGCAUAGACGAAAUGGAGAGACAUACGCCUGUUUACCCCCUACCAAUGGAAAUCCAACAGAUGGAGCGGUCGGAGACGGUGUGCCAGUACUGCGGGGUGAGCUACCUGAUCCUCCACGAGAUCCAGCGGCUGCAGGAGAGGCUGCGGGCCGCCGAGCGGGAGCUGGAGGCCCGGCGGGGCGCCGUGGAGAGGGAGGGGGCCCUCAGGGAGGAGCUGCAGGAGGCCGCCGCUCGCCUGGCAGAGCUCGGGGAGUCACACCUGGAGCAGGCCCAGAGGGCGAAAUGCCUUGACCUGCAGCUGGCGGAGGGACGGGCUCGGCUGGAGAGCGUGAGCGCAGAGAGAGACGUCAUGGAGCGGGAGCUGGGAAAAGCUGGCCGCCGCUGCCAACUGCUCAGGGGGCGGAGUCAGCUGCAGGUGGAUGCCCUGAGAGAGUCUCUGUCACUGCUACACUCCUGUCGUCAGGAAUUGCGUCAGGAAGUCCAGCGAAACCACGCCCACCUGCUCACAUUCUGGGAGGGGUGGAGCGUCCAACUGCUGCAGACGAGCCGGGAUGCAGACGCAGAGCGGGCGGAGCUACAGCGAGCAGUGGGCGGGGCUCAGGCGGAAGUGACUUGUCUGAGGGAGGAGCUGAGAGAGUUGGACGAGCGCCUGGCCUCCUCCGAGAUCCGGGCCCAGGAGCUACAAAACCAGGCUCAGAACCAAGUGGAACUGCAAUUCCGGUUCCAGGAGGUCCAAACACAGCUGCUCGGACAAAAAUGUCAGCCUGACACGGUCGCCGCUGCCAAGAGGGCUUCCACCAGACUGCCGCUGAGCCAGGCCGACUGCUGCUCGCUUCCAUCUCGCAGCCCCGGCAGAAUCAGAACAAACGCUCAGAGGCAAGGCUCCUCGCGUGUUUGAGGACAAAAGCCGACAAACGGCGAAGAAAGGGGGAAAAUAAAGCGCCGCUCGGGGUUUCUGUACUCAAACUCCCACCAGCUCUGAGAUUUCCUCCAUAUUUAUUGUUUUCCCCACACACUGUCAGCGCUGUGCCAUUUCAGUACAUUUGAACAUCAAAAAUAGAAAAUAGCAGUAAAAAAAAGAAGUUGCACGAAAACCAGAUUGUCAGAUAUGCCUUCUGAAUCAAUGGGUUAGUUCCCCAUAGGAUUUAAUCUGCAUGCGUUCACAGUGUUCCUGAGGUAUUUUGAGCAAUGAGUAACCAAUUCCCAGCAUGCAAUGGGGUAACCUCUGUGAAGACCUUCUUGGACAUAAAUUUGUCCGCUAAUACCUGGGUAGCUAAAUAUUUCUCUCUCUCUCUCUCUCUUUCUCCCCUCCCCUCUCUCUCUCUCCCUCACUCACUCACUCUCUGCCCAUCCACAUCUCCUUUUCACAUUAUCCUCCUGCAGAUCAUUAUUGAGCAAAAGGUCAGGGCGUCUCGCUCUAUAAUUUUUAAACAAUUCCAGUGGAUGGCAGCAGCCAAGGUCCACUGAGCAUUCAUUGUGUGUGCAUUUCAUUAAGAGCAUGAUCUUAUUUGUGCUUGUGCUAUGUGAUCUCAGCACAUUUAGAUUUUUUUUCCUUUGCACUUGUUCAGUCUCUCAUGAAACCUAAUGUUUUUCAUUUCAGGGUCAUGCCUUGUUGGUGCUCUGCACACCUUCCAGGUUUUGGCCCCUUUUUUUGCAGUUGCAUACAGAUAUCUCAUUCUGCACCUGGAGCUGGUAGACCUUUUAUUCCCCGCUGUGUUGUAAUUGCAUGCUGAGGAGAUAGAUAAGGUGGAAGAUUAAAUGGCUUGGACCUAAAAGGCACAAUCAUGCAGUUAAGCAGAUUGUGUUAUGAGAAUAUGAGGAGAGAAGGUGGAAUAUUACGGAAGGCCAAGUACACAGGUGUCAUUUCCAGAUGUGAAUCUAGCCACUUAUGCAACUUAGAAAGGAAUCUUAAUGCUCCCAUUUUUUAAAGAUGUUUUUGCACAGUUUCCUCCUGCUAUAUUUGUUUCCAGUAGUCAGCAGGGGCACGGCCUUACAGGCCAUUACUUCAAGGUUGUUUCAACUUUUUUCUUUUUUUCAUCCUGUUUCUUUGCUCUGUUUACCAGGGGAGGGGACGGGUUGCCUGUAACAGUAGCACAAUCGCUUUGCUUCAUCCUUCUCUUUUCAAGUGCACUCGGGUUUCGAUGUUUUUUGUUUGUGUUCUCAUGCCAUUAACGAGACAGACAGUUCUAUUUCACCCAUGGUUCUGAGCAUCAGGUGUCGGUGUGCUGAAGUGAAAAAUAACAUGACACCACUCUCUUUUUUAUUCUGUGACUGAGUUUUGAAUGUUAAAACUAUCAGAAGGAGCCAAAACGCUGACAAUUUUCGAAUGGUGAGAGUUUAAGCAUGGCACCCUGUGAAUGUUAGGUGUUCCAGAUGAGCCUGUGUGUGUGGGAAGCUGAAACAGAGGAACAGUUGUGUCUUUGAAGGGUCUCUAAUGUCAGUCAAGGGUUUUAGUCCCUUUCAGUGUUCCGAAGCUCUGCUGUUUUUUAACAACGAAAGGCUCAGAUUAAAAUCACCCGGAACCAGCUGUGUUCAACCAGAGUGAUUCUUCAGUGAUUCUUAAAUUUAAUAGAUACUUAAAUCCUAUUUUUUUU